CCUAGUUCAGACCUGGCUUAGUCCUAGUUAAGACCUGUUUUAGUACUGAUUCAGUCCUGGUUUAGACCUGGAUGUGACCUGGUUUAGUCCCAGUUCAGACGUGGUUUAGUCCUGGUUUAGACCUGGUUAUGGCCCUUGGAGCACUGGUCCUGUUCUGGUUCGCGCACAGUUUAAGAGCCUCAGAGCAGAAGGUCAAUGUGGAGCCGGAGGUUCUGUCUUACCCUGGACAGACGGUCAACCUGCCAUGUGCUUUUAGCGACGCCACUGGGGUCCAGCUCACCAUGGUGACAUGGAUUUACGAACGCAAGGACGGAGACAGGUUUAACAUCGCCGUCUUUCACCCAAACUUUGACCUAAAUUACCCAGAAUCCCCUCUGAAAGGUCGGGUCAGCUUUGCUCCCACCCCUCCAAGCCUGGCCAGCCCCUCCAUCCAGAUCCAAGAUGUCCGCUGGUCCGACGAGGGAAAGUACAUUUGUCAAUACGCCAUUUUUCCCAGUAGCAUUGAGCAAGGCAUCACGUACCUGGUCGUCCUCGCUAAACCGCAGAACGCAGCCUCCGCCGUUACCGUAAAAGCCGGUACCGAGCCCAUCGUGGUCGCUCGCUGUGAGUCCCUGAACGGGCGUCCGGAGGCGAAGAUCAGCUGGGUGACCACGGCGAAGGGGAACGCCACUUCUGUGUCGAAACCCGGGGCCGAUAACACCGUGUCCGUCGCCAGCGAAUACAAGCUGGUCCCGACGGCGGAGGACGACGGCGAAGACAUCAGCUGUGUGGUGGAGCAUCGAACCCAGACGGAGCCAGAGAGCUUCCCCAUGAAACUGACGGUGCUAUACCCCCCCCUAGUGUCCAUUACCGGCUAUGACAAUAACUGGUACGUGGGUCGCACCAACGUGGUCCUGACCUGCCAGUUCAAGGGGAACCCGACCCCAACGUUCCUCCUGUGGAGAACGAUGUCUGGAGAGAUGCCAGACGCGGUGGAAAUCCAAAACAAUCAGCUCAAGGUCCUUAAAGUGGACGACGCCGUGAACACCACUUUUGUUUGUGAGGUCAGGAAUCGCAUCGGCGUCGGGAAGGACCAGGUCGCCGUGUUCGUGAGAGAUUCUCCCUCUUACCCCCCCAUGUGGUUGUUGUGGCUAGUGCGCCCUCUGUUGGUGUCCAGUCCGUACGCCGUGUGCACUGUGCUGCUGGUGCUGAUCUACAGGGAGCAGCGUCGCACAGGAAGUCCACACCCUGUUUCCAUGGAGACGGGCCAGCAGGAGGAGGAGGAUGAUGACAUCGCCGCUGAGGUCACCACCGAGCACAGCUUCUGAGCCAAUCACAGCUCUGCUUUCAUCUUUAAAUGAGUCUGACAUUUCAGUUAGAACUUAAGAAAUAUAUGUAUGAAAUAUAGUGUUAAGAUUCA